AUGGGCCUAUGUGGUAGUAAAGUAAGUAAGAACGAGGGCAAGCCAUUGGGUGCUUCAAAUAAUCCUGGACCACAAUCGAAUAACAAUAACAGAAAAGCCUCGAAUAAGGGAAGACCGGUAGCAGAAGCAGGAACAAGAACCGGUGGCCCAAACAGUGAGCCAAAACUGUCGCCUAGAGAAGCCGCACGAAUUGCAGCAGAGGAAAGGGCAGCUAAGCUGGAGGCAGCUAAUGCUAAGAGUGAAUUAAGCAAGAAGUUGGCUCAAGAACGUGCAAAAUCAAGAAAAGCCCAUGUGAUGGAGAUUGCGCAGAAAUAA